AUGCCUUCGUCCCCGUCUGCAGAUGACGAAUUUCGCAGCAUCGACCAGGCCAAACCCUUCAAAGGCGUCGUCGUCUGCUGCACCAGCAUCCCGCCGGAACAACGGACGGAAAUUGGGAACAAGGUUGCCGAGCUCGGCGGCGUGCAUAAGUACGACCUUACCCCGGACUGCACCCACCUCAUCGUCGGCGACUACAACACGCCAAAGUAUCGUCAUGUGGCCCGUGAGCGCCCCGAUGUCAAGGCCAUGGCUGCCGCCUGGAUCGAGGCCGUAUCCGAAAUCUGGAGGAACGACGGCGAGAUAGACUUUGGAUUUCUCGAAAAGGAGCAUCGGUUGAAACCGUUGGACAAGUGCGGCUUGGAGAUGCAUGCCGCGCGCCACCAGCAGGCCGCCUCGCGACAAUCGCUCCUCAUCUGCCUGACCGGAUUUGGCGACCAAAGAGACGAAAUUGCCGAAAAAAUCACGGGCCAUGGUGCCCUCUACACCGGUGACCUGACCCGAAGGUGCAGCCAUCUGAUCGUCUGCAAACCCGAGGGGAAAAAGUUUACGGCUGCCAAAUCUUGGGGCCUAUACACCGUCACCCUUGAUUGGCUCCAUCAGAGCCUCGAACGCGGAAUGAUACUCGAGGAGUCGAAAUUUGACCCGCUGCUCCCUCCCGACGAGCAAGGGUCCGGUGCCUGGAUCACCAUGGAGCAGAGGCUCUCUUCGCUCGGCAAGCGGGCCAGGCCUGCGAGGGCGAACGGCAACGAGGAUGGUGUCAGGAAGCUGCGAAAGACGGCCAGCAUAAAGCUUGGCUCACAGCGGACCCAGAUGCUGGCGGACAUGCUGGGGAGGUCGGCUUCGGCUUCGAGUCCGCGUGACGUCUCCCACGAGCUUCCGGCGGGGGAGCCCACCCAAGAUGCGUCCCAUCACGAUUUGGCCGUGAGGCAAGAGGAAGAAGGUCUGUUUUCUUCCUGCCUCUUUGCGAUAUACGGCUUCGACGAGAGGCGAAAGAAGGUGCUGGAGGAAGCCAUCGUCCCCGGUGGCGGUCGGGUUGUCGGUGCCCUCGAGACCGUCAUGUCUAUCCCUGCUCCGCGCGAGCCCUUUUACCGCUUUUUAAUCGUUCCGCAAGCAUCACAACCCGACACUCACCCUCAUGUGCCGAGCGAGAGCGUCCACGUGGUGACGGAAUUUUACAUUGAGAGAUGUCUCCAGAGCAGACGAUUCUUUCACCCGACCGAGCAAGUCCUCGGCCGGCCGUUCCCUCGAUUUCCCAUCUUGGGGUUCUCCGACCUUACCAUUUGCAGCUCCGCCUUCACCGGCAUCGAGCUGAAUCAAGUUGCUCGCACUGUCGUUCAGCUUGGUGCCAAGUACGACGAGGACUUCAAGCGCACCACCAGCUUGGUCCUCUGCAAUUCGCUCCAGGCAUUGCGCAAGGACAAGCGAACCUAUGCUUUGGAAUGGGGCGUACCCGUUGUGUCGGCCGACUGGCUCUGGAAAUGCAUCUCCACCGGUUUCCUCGUCCCUUUUGAAGACUUCAUCUUCCCUGAAUUCAGGAAGCAAGCUGCUGGGUCGGAGAGGAGCAGGCCCGAGGAGAGCCAGACUGAGAAUUCGGAGCCACGGCAACGCCGAGAGCCAGCUCGAUCGCCUGCCCAACCAAGGUCCUCGAAGUCACUACGAGCUGCAGAACACCUAUCUGCGAGCGAUUUCAACCCCGCCUCCCUCGAGAAGAAAGCUGCGUCCAACCCGGAUCGCCCGAUGGGCCAAGAGGGCAUGCCCGUCUCAGCCGACUUCAUGACGGCAAAGUCCCGGCCAGCAAAUACCUUCGCGAGGGACUCUGACACGCUGCUCAAUGAACUGUCACAUGCGUCCUUGAACAAAUGCUCCUCGUUCACGAAGCAGGUUAGUGGUCCAGCGCGGGCCAAGCUUGAGUCGUUCAAUGAGCCGCCUGUCGCCAUGCCUGCCGCUGAGGCGUCGGCGGUAUCAAUUCACCAUCCUUCGACCCCGCCACCGGCUGCCACAGCUGCCGAGGCCAAACGAGCCGAGGCGGAGGAUGGUGAUGAUAAGGCGGACGCUGAUGAAGCGCGCAAUCAAGCCAAGGCACUGGAGCGGAAGGUCCUCUCCUCCAAACUCACCAGCCUCCUCCCCUCACCCACGGCCUUUGAUUCGGCAGACUCGGAGGCUCGCCCCCGCCGGCGCCAGAUCCUCGGUCGUGCCACCAGCAACGUGUCCAACGCCAGCAGCGCCGGUGCUGCCACGGCGGACGUCAGCGGAAGCCGGCCCGCGGCCGAGUCCCUCGACGUUUGCGUUCUCCCUGAAGGAGACGGCGAGUACGCCGAGGGCUGCCAUCGACCGCCGCCGGCGACUCAGCUCGAGUACCACGACCAGGAAGCGUUGAUACAUAAGAAAGCGUUGAUAGACAGGAUGAUGAGCGGCAGCUGCGGCGAUUCGAAAGAUACCAACACAGGUGAUGGGACUGCCACUGCUGCUCUUGCUACAACUUUCACCACUGCUGGCACCCAAGGGGCAGGCGUUGCAGGCGUCGCUGGGGGGAGGACGCUUCGGAAGCGGUGA